UGAUAAUGAGCUGCAUGGUAAAAUAGGGAGGCCGGCGCUCAGGGCUCCGCCGCCGCCGCCGCCGCCGACACCGCGGGAGCCAGAGCUGCCGGGCGGAGCGGCAUCCGCGCCAGACUGGAGCGGGAGGGCGGCGGAGGGCAGUUGCUGGGAAUUUUUCAGCCGAGAGGGCGAGCGAUCCGGAGAGAGACCCCGCGAGCUUGGGAGCCGUAGCGAGCGCGAGCGCCGCAGCCAGAGGAGCAAACCUCGAAAUAGCUCUGGAAAGCCAGGCUCCCGGAGGAAAUGGGACUGUGAACGAACCGGAGAGCAAGAAGGGAAGGAAGCGCCGGGAUUGCUGAUGUCAGAGGAGCCCGGAAAGUCGCGCUGGAAAAAUCUGAAGACAGCCGGGGCUGUGCUUCUUCCCCACGAGAGACACCGCCGGCCGCCCCCACACGCCCCCUCGGCGCCUCCGGGUGCCCCCCGCGAGCCGGCGACAGCGCCCAGCCUGGCUGCUGCGGGGCGACCGAGGACUGAGGGGCGCGCGGAGCGGAGACCGAGGGGCGACUUCAGGAAUACAGAUAAGUGGCUGGUGGCUUGACGUGGAUUUUAAUGAAUUUGGACUCCAUGUGGAUUUGGUUGUCUCCCUGAUUCCGAGCUGCGGGCAGGGAGAGGGGCCUCGCGCCGCCCUCAGCAGCCGGCGGCCGAGGUAGACGGAGCGGGGACGGAAGGACAGACCGACGUCGCCGAGCUGGAAUCAUGUGAGGGCCGACCGGGGAAGGUGGAGCAGAUGAGCACACACAGGAGCCGUCUCCUCACCGCCGCCCCUCUCAGCAUGGAACAGAGGCGGCCCUGGCCCCGGGCGCCGGAGGUGGACAGCCGCUCUGUGGUCCUGCUCUCAGUGGUCUGGGUGCUGCUGGCCCCCCCAGCAGCCGGUAUGCCUCAGUUCAGCACCUUCCACUCUGAGAAUCGUGACUGGACCUUUAACCACUUGACCGUCCACCGAGGGACGGGGGCCGUCUAUGUGGGGGCCAUCAACCGGGUCUACAAGCUGACGGGCAACCUGACCAUCCAGGUAGCUCAUAAGACAGGGCCAGAAGAGGACAACAAGUCUUGUUACCCGCCCCUCAUCGUGCAGCCCUGCAGCGAAGUGCUCACCCUCACCAACAAUGUCAACAAGCUGCUCAUCAUUGACUACUCUGAGAACCGCCUGCUGGCCUGUGGGAGCCUCUACCAGGGGGUCUGCAAGCUGCUGCGGCUGGAUGACCUCUUCAUCCUGGUGGAGCCGUCCCACAAGAAGGAGCACUACCUGUCCAGCGUCAACAAGACGGGCACCAUGUACGGGGUGAUUGUGCGCUCCGAGGGUGAGGACGGCAAGCUCUUCAUCGGCACGGCUGUGGAUGGGAAGCAGGAUUACUUCCCGACCCUGUCCAGCCGGAAGCUGCCCCGAGACCCUGAGUCCUCAGCCAUGCUUGACUAUGAGCUACACAGCGAUUUUGUCUCCUCUCUCAUCAAGAUCCCUUCGGACACCCUGGCUCUGGUCUCCCACUUUGACAUCUUCUACAUCUACGGCUUUGCUAGUGGGGGCUUUGUCUACUUUCUCACUGUCCAGCCCGAGACCCCCGAGGGUGUGGCCAUCAACUCCGCUGGAGACCUCUUCUACACCUCACGCAUCGUGCGGCUCUGCAAGGAUGACCCCAAGUUCCAUUCAUAUGUGUCCCUGCCCUUUGGCUGUACCCGGGCCGGGGUGGAAUACCGCCUCCUGCAGGCUGCUUACCUGGCCAAGCCUGGGGACUCACUGACCCAGGCCUUCAAUAUCACCAGCCAGGACGAUGUACUCUUCGCCAUCUUCUCCAAAGGGCAGAAGCAGUAUCACCACCCGCCCGAUGACUCUGCCCUGUGUGCCUUCCCUAUCCGGGCCAUCAACUUGCAGAUCAAGGAGCGCCUGCAGUCCUGCUACCAGGGCGAGGGCAACCUGGAGCUCAACUGGCUGCUGGGGAAGGAUGUCCAGUGCACCAAGGCGCCUGUCCCCAUCGAUGAUAACUUCUGUGGACUGGACAUCAACCAGCCGCUGGGAGGCUCAACUCCAGUGGAGGGCCUGACCCUGUACACCACCAGCCGGGACCGCAUGACCUCUGUGGCCUCCUAUGUUUACAAUGGCUACAGCGUGGUUUUUGUGGGGACUAAGAGUGGCAAGCUGAAAAAGAUUCGGGCGGAUGGUCCCCCCCAUGGUGGGGUCCAGUACGAGAUGGUCUCUGUGCUCAAGGACGGAAGCCCUAUCCUCCGGGACAUGGCCUUCUCCAUUGAUCAGCGCUACCUGUACGUCAUGUCUGAGAGACAGGUCACCAGGGUCCCCGUGGAGUCAUGUGAGCAGUAUACGACUUGUGGGGAGUGCCUGAGCUCUGGGGACCCUCACUGUGGCUGGUGUGCCCUGCACAACAUGUGCUCCCGCAGGGACAAAUGCCAACAGGCCUGGGAACCCAAUCGAUUUGCUGCCAGCAUCAGCCAGUGUGUGAGCCUCGCAGUGCAUCCCAGCAGCAUCUCAGUAUCUGAGCACAGCCGGUUGCUCAGCCUAGUAGUGAGUGAUGCUCCUGAUCUAUCUGCGGGUAUCGCCUGUGCCUUUGGGAACCUGACAGAGGUGGAGGGGCAAGUGUCCGGGAGCCAGGUCAUCUGCAUCUCACCUGGGCCCAAGGAUGUCCCUGUCAUCCCACUGGAUCAAGACUGGUUUGGGCUGGAGCUACAGCUGAGGUCCAAGGAGACAGGGAAGAUAUUUGUCAGCACCGAGUUCAAGUUUUACAACUGUAGUGCCCACCAACUGUGCCUGUCCUGUGUCAACAGCGCCUUCCGCUGCCAUUGGUGCAAGUACCGCAACCUCUGCACUCAUGACCCCACUACCUGCUCCUUCCAAGAGGGCCGGAUCAAUGUUUCAGAGGACUGUCCCCAGCUGGUGCCCACAGAAGAGAUCUUGAUUCCAGUCGGGGAGGUAAAGCCAAUCACUCUUAAGGCGCGAAACCUGCCCCAGCCGCAGUCCGGCCAGCGAGGCUAUGAGUGUGUCCUCAACAUACAAGGAGCCAUCCACCGGGUCCCAGCCCUGCGCUUCAACAGCUCCAGCGUUCAGUGCCAGAACAGCUCGUACCAGUAUGAUGGCAUGGACAUCAGCAAUCUGGCCGUGGAUUUCGCUGUGGUGUGGAACGGCAAUUUCAUCAUUGACAACCCUCAGGACCUGAAAGUCCAUCUCUACAAGUGUGCAGCCCAGCGGGAGAGCUGCGGCCUCUGCCUCAAGGCCGACCGGAAGUUUGAGUGUGGCUGGUGUAGCGGCGAGCGCAGGUGCACCCUCCACCAGCACUGUACCAGCCCCUCCAGCCCCUGGCUCGACUGGUCCAGCCACAAUGUCAAGUGCUCCAACCCUCAAAUCACCGAGAUUUUGACGGUGUCUGGACCGCCGGAAGGAGGGACGCGAGUGACCAUCCAUGGCGUGAACCUGGGUCUGGACUUCUCCGAGAUCGCCCACCAUGUGCAGGUGGCUGGGGUGCCCUGCACGCCCCUCCCAGGGGAAUACAUCAUCGCUGAGCAGAUUGUCUGUGAGAUGGGCCAUGCCCUCGUGGGAACCACCUCUGGGCCAGUACGCCUGUGCAUUGGCGAGUGUAAGCCAGAGUUCAUGACCAAGUCCCAUCAGCAGUACACCUUCGUGAACCCUUCUGUGCUGUCACUCAACCCAAUCCGAGGUCCCGAGUCAGGAGGCACUAUGGUGACCAUUACCGGCCAUUACCUUGGGGCUGGGAGCAGCGUGGCAGUCUACCUGGGCAACCAGACCUGCGAGUUCUACGGGAGGUCAAUGAGUGAGAUUGUGUGUGUCUCACCCCCAUCAUCCAAUGGCCUUGGCCCAGUCCCUGUUUCUGUGAGUGUCGACCGAGCCCGUGUGGAUAACAACCUGCAGUUUGAGUACAUAGAUGACCCUCGGGUCCAGCGCAUCGAGCCAGAGUGGAGCAUUGCCAGUGGCCACACACCCCUGACCAUCACAGGCUUCAACCUGGAUGUCAUUCAGGAGCCAAGGAUCCGAGUCAAAUUCAACGGCAAAGAAUCUGUCAAUGUGUGUAAAGUUGUGAACACAACCACCCUCACCUGCCUGGCACCCUCUCUGACCACGGACUACCGCCCUGGCCUGGACACUGUGGAACGGCCAGAUGAGUUCGGAUUUGUCUUUAACAAUGUCCAAUCCUUGCUAAUUUACAAUGACACCAAGUUUAUCUACUACCCCAACCCGACCUUUGAACUGCUCAGCCCUACUGGAGUCUUGGAUCAAAAGCCAGGAUCGCCUAUCAUUCUGAAGGGCAAAAACCUCUGCCCUCCUGCCUCUGGAGGGGCCAAACUCAACUACACUGUGCUCAUCGGAGAGACCCCUUGCGCUGUCACCGUAUCUGAGACCCAGCUUCUCUGCGAGCCUCCCAACCUCACUGGGCAGCACAAGGUCAUGGUUCACGUGGGCGGGAUGGUGUUCUCGCCUGGCUCGGUGAGUGUCAUCUCAGACAGCUUGCUGACCCUGCCAGCCAUCGUCAGCAUUGCGGCCGGCGGCAGCCUCCUCCUCAUCAUCGUCAUCAUCGUCCUCAUUGCCUACAAGCGCAAGUCUCGAGAAAAUGACCUCACUCUCAAGCGGCUGCAAAUGCAGAUGGACAAUCUGGAGUCCCGCGUGGCCUUGGAGUGCAAGGAAGCUUUUGCUGAGCUCCAGACGGAUAUCAAUGAGUUGACCAGUGACCUGGACCGCUCGGGAAUCCCUUACCUGGACUAUCGUACCUACGCUAUGCGAGUCCUGUUCCCGGGCAUUGAGGACCACCCCGUCCUGCGGGAGCUGGAGGUACAAGGAAAUGGGCAGCAGCACGUGGAGAAGGCCCUCAAGCUCUUUGCCCAGCUCAUCAACAACAAGGUGUUCCUGCUGACCUUCAUCCGCACCCUGGAGCUGCAGCGCAGUUUCUCCAUGCGCGACCGGGGCAACGUGGCUUCGCUCAUCAUGACCGGCCUGCAGGGCCGCCUGGAGUACGCCACCGAUGUCCUCAAGCAGCUGCUCUCUGACCUCAUCGAUAAGAACCUGGAGAACAAGAACCACCCCAAGCUGCUACUCCGGAGGACAGAGUCUGUGGCUGAAAAGAUGCUGACCAAUUGGUUCGCCUUCCUCCUGCACAAGUUCCUAAAGGAGUGCGCGGGGGAGCCACUCUUCAUGCUAUACUGCGCCAUCAAGCAGCAGAUGGAGAAGGGCCCCAUUGACGCCAUCACGGGCGAGGCCCGCUACUCCCUGAGCGAGGACAAGCUCAUCCGGCAGCAGAUCGAGUACAAGACCCUGAUCCUGAACUGCGUCAACCCUGACAACGAGAACAGUCCAGAGAUCCCAGUGAAGGUGUUAAACUGUGACACCAUCACACAGGUCAAGGAGAAGAUUCUCGAUGCCGUGUAUAAGAAUGUGCCCUAUUCCCAGCGGCCGAGGGCGGUGGACAUGGACUUGGAGUGGCGCCAAGGCCGGAUCGCCCGGGUCGUGCUGCAAGAUGAGGACAUCACCACCAAGAUUGAGGGCGACUGGAAGCGGCUCAACACACUGAUGCAUUAUCAGGUAUCAGACAGGUCGGUGGUGGCUCUGGUCCCCAAACAGACCUCCUCCUACAACAUCCCUGCCUCUGCCAGCAUCUCCCGGACGUCCAUCAGCAGAUACGACUCCUCCUUCAGGUACACGGGCAGCCCCGACAGCCUGCGAUCCCGGGCCCCAAUGAUCACCCCAGACCUGGAAAGUGGGGUCAAGGUGUGGCAUCUGGUGAAGAACCAUGACCACGGUGACCAGAAGGAGGGUGACCGGGGCAGCAAGAUGGUGUCCGAGAUCUACCUGACCCGGCUACUGGCCACCAAGGGCACCCUGCAGAAGUUCGUGGACGACUUGUUUGAGACCUUGUUCAGCACUGUGCACCGGGGCAGCGCUCUCCCGCUGGCCAUCAAGUACAUGUUUGAUUUCCUAGAUGAGCAGGCAGACAGGCACAGCAUCCAUGACACAGAUGUGCGGCACACCUGGAAAAGCAACUGCCUCCCUCUGCGCUUCUGGGUGAACGUGAUCAAGAACCCCCAGUUUGUGUUUGACAUCCACAAGGGCAGCAUCACGGACGCCUGCCUCUCUGUGGUGGCCCAGACCUUCAUGGACUCUUGUUCAACGUCAGAGCACCGGCUGGGCAAGGACUCCCCCUCCAACAAGCUGCUCUAUGCCAAGGACAUCCCCAGCUACAAGAGCUGGGUGGAGAGAUACUACGCAGACAUCGCCAAGCUCCCAGCCAUCAGUGACCAGGACAUGAAUGCCUACCUCGCCGAGCAGUCCCGCCUGCAUGCCGUGGAGUUCAACAUGCUGAGUGCCCUCAAUGAGAUCUACUCCUACGUCAGCAAGUAUAGUGAGGAGCUCAUCGGGGCCCUGGAGCAGGAUGAGCAGGCGCGGCGGCAGCGGCUGGCUUAUAAGGUGGAGCAGCUCAUUAAUGCCAUGUCCAUUGAGAGCUGAGAGGAGGCGCCUCGCAUUCCUGGGAAGAGGGACCUGUCCAAGCUGCCACACUGGGAGUCUCAGAUGGAAGGACAAGUGAUGGGGAUCAGGCCCCAGAGCUUGCUGUCCCCUGAGACCCCAUCCUGGGGAGAGGGGAGGGCCCCUCUCCCUACGCCAGCCAAGUUUCGUCAUAGCCAGUUCCAGCUGGGAGAGACAGUGCGCGUCAUCCAUCCUCAGUGAGAACACCAGAGAACCCGGGGCCAGGAGAAGGUGGUUCUUCAAGCCGAGAGGCACGAGCUGGGACAGUUCUGCCUCUGUGACUGCUGCUUUGCAUGAAAAUUCAUUUGAUGUAUAUUGGGGAAAUAAUGAGAACUUUAUUUAAUUUUUUUUAAGAAAAAGGGAAAAAAAAACCAGAAAUAAAACAAAAAGCUGCCCUGUUAA